CACCAACAAAAAAAAACACGGCAAGCAAAUAGAUAAUUACACUUAAUUAAACAACGCAUCACACAGAAAACGAUGGAGAACCUUAACUAGAGACGGCAGAGCAGCCAUUGCGGAAGAUAAAGUGCGUAUAUAUUUGAUUGGGAAUCCUCCAGCAGGCAGCGGAUCGACCCAAAUAAAUGUGCCCCUGAGUCAGUGCCAGAGCUGAUAAAACGUCGAAGUCCACAACAAACCAUCGAAUCGAUCCAGUCCGGUCGAUUUCCCGUGUUAAUAAUUGAUAAUGGCCCCGACACGCAGACCCAGCGAUGGCCUGCUGGCCCGCGUCAAUUUCCCCCUAUAUGCCGUGGAUAUGCUGACCAGCCGCCACAUUCUGGUGGCCGGCGGCGGAGGUUCCAGCAAGACGGGUGUAGCAAAUGGCUUUGAAAUCUACGAGUUGUACCACAAUGGCAGUCAUUUUUGUGCCGAGGAAGUGCUGCGCCACGAGACGGGUGCCAAUGUGGUGAUGAAUUUCGCGGUGCGAAACAAUGGACGAAGGGGAUAUUUGUGUGCCGGACAGGAGGCUCAUUGCCAGAUGUACUAUGUCCAGCCGCGCAUCGAAACGGAGGAGGAUGGUGGCGACAAAAAACCCAAUCCCGUGGAGCGGCCCCAUGAGAACGGGAAUGUAAGGCAGCGCGGCGGAGCAGCAGCAGCAGCCCAUUCGGGUGUGGAAUUCAUAGCCAAUGGCCAUAAACCACCUACCUCGGUCGACGAUCUACUUAAGCAGUUCCAGCGCCUACGCUUCGACAUCCAGGCGGCGGAUGUGGUGCAAACGGACUUCCUUAAGAGCUCAGAGCCACUGCAGAGGGUGGUGCGAAUCAGUGGCAAUGGCAGGCUAAUGGCCACCGGCGGCACCGAUGGGAAGCUACGCAUUUGGUCGUUCCCUCAGAUGACACUGGGAGCCGAGCUGCCGGCGCACAGCAAGGAAAUCGAUGACCUGGACUUUAGUCCCGACAGCAAAUACAUUGCGAGCAUUUCCAAGGAUUCGCAGGGACUGGUGUGGGACCUGAGCACAGGCAAACUGCACCACAAGCUGCAAUGGCAGACGCCCGAGGGGUCCAAGUAUCUCUUCAAGCGUUGUCGUUAUGGUACCGUGGAGGCGCACAAGGACAACUAUCGCCUUUUCACCAUUGCAAAUCCCCUGGGAAAGGUGGGAAAACAGCGGGGAUAUCUGCAGCACUGGGACUGCGCCAGCGGCAAGCUGCGCCAUGCGGUGGCCAUCGAUGAGAGUUUGUCCUCGCUGGCAGUGCGGGAUGAUGGUAGAUUUGUGGCUGUGGGAACCAUGUUCUCGGGCAGCGUAUCCAUGUACAUAGCAUUUACUCUGCAGCGUGUUCUGCACAUUCCUCAUGCUCACUCGAUGUUCGUGACGGGUCUGCAAUUUCUGCCCAUAACCAACGAGGAGGGGCCGCCCAUCUCGAGCGAUACAGAGGCGGCUGUUCUGUCCAUCUCUGUGGACAAUAAAGUCUGCAUUCAUAGUCUGGCCCAAAGGCGUACUAUCCCUGCCUGGAUGGCCGUUGCCUUUAUUAUUGUCAUGAUAUUCGCCGUCUUUGUGUUGUGCUCGUACAUUGGCAUCUGAUGUCGAAUGUUGGGUGACAAGUUAAAUCAAUUUGCAUUAUUAGUUUGUAAAACAAGGUUUAGUUUUUGUAAUAGGCCACAAGACCCACGCCCACACCCACAUCCCCCACAUCCCAUCCCCGUCCAUUUCCCGAACUCUCGUUAAUUAAUUUAAGUGUAUAGUUUUUUGUGCCGGCUGCCUUAUCUCCCACACGAAUUGCAAUCUUUUGCUUAAUUGUAUAAUAAUUUGCCUUAUCUCUCUCCCAUUUGGCAGCUCUGCCAUAAUUGUAAAUGAUUGUUUGAUUAUAAUAAUAAUUGGUGUUUAGUUAUAUGAUCGCAUUAAAAGCGAAUCAAACAGGUGAAUGAAUGGACUGGUGGUGCCUCAACUUCCAGUUCCAGCAGUCAAAUUACACAACUCAUGUAAACUCAAUUUUAUAAUCGAAAUGUUUGUUAACCGAAUACAGAUGGGCUCCAUCCCACUCAUUCUACUGAAUGAAACAA